AUGGUGACCAAAAUUAAGCAGGACUUGGAAAUGAUUCGGUCGUUAAACGAGACUGAAGCCGCUCUCAUCUUUUCAAAUUAUAUUCAAGACACUAUUUCCAUCACAUUCAUCAAUCUUCUCAUUGUCGAAGGAAACUAUAUGUCGCAAUAUGGGGUAUUCAAAUAUAACGCUCCAGACCCGUUUCGCUGGCUCGAUUCCGUCUCCGUGGGAGAGGGACAAAAGAAGACGAUCUACAAACCCAAAAACGAAAACAACGAAGUUGAAUUUGUCUUAUUCGAGAAUUAUCUUGGCAUAUCCAGCAAUUACGAAAAAGGUCUAUACGGCUGGGUCUGCUAUCCAGUAGCUGGUGAAUGGAAAGAAUUUAAGAAAACAAAUCUCAAAGGCCACGAGGAGCGUGGUGCUCUCGUGGCAAAUCUUACUCAAGUGUGGAGUCAUGCAUUGCGAUCACCUGAGAUUGAGGUUAAAGAAAAAUGGGAAUGUAGGACAUGGAGCAGAAAAAUUACGGAAUGGAUGGUAGAUUGGGCAGAAAAUGUGGAUAGCUGGUAUCCUGGCGAAGAAAAGCUUGCGUAUUUGGCCAAAUGUUGGCAACCGAUCGAGAACGAAAAUUGGAACGUUGUUACGGGUCGCGAGUUACGAGGGGCAUGUGAUUCAAAGAAAGAUCAAUAA